UUAUUGGGACCACUGUUGGUGACUUGUUGAUUGAUCUGUUCAUCGAGAAAUGCCCAAAGACCUGCCUGAAUUUUCUGAAGCUAUGCAAGAUCAAAUAUUACCAUAAUUAUCUCUUCCACACGGUCAAUAAAGAUUCUAUAGCAGUGACCGGCGAUCCAACUGGCACAGGAACCGGUGGUGACUCUAUUUUCAAAUUACUUGAUGAUGCUGAGGGUGAGCAGUUUUUCGAUAAUGAGAUUCAUCCAGACUUGAAUCACUUUGGGAAUGGCCAGUAUGGGAGCAAAUCAGAAUGCAUCUCAGUUCUAUAUCACUCUGUGUGAUAAUUUGCAUUCCUUUGAUGGGAAGCACACUGUGUUUGGCGUGGUGGUUGAUGAGGGUCGAGACACUAUGUCUCAGUUAAAAGAAUCUUCCGUUAAUAAAGAACACAGGCCUUAUAAACCUAUUAUGAUCAUUGGCAUGGAAAUCAUUGAUGAUCCGUUUGAUGAUCCUCCCAAGCUGGCUCAGUUGAUACCUGUUUCAACUGAUGAGGAAGGUGAUUCUGUUUCAACUGGUGGUUCAACCGAUGAGGAACAUGAGUUACGAGUUUGCCUUUGGAAUCAGAAACUUAAGGGGUCAGGGCCUUACUCUGCAGCUAUAAAGAAAGUAGAGAAAGAAGUUGAGGAUCUCGCCAAGAAGAUCAACUAUCUCUGUGAUACCGAUACUGGGUUAGCUCCUUCCAGUCAAUGGGAUCUCGCAUCUGAUAAGCGGAUGAUUAAAGAGGAAAUGUUGCUAGAUGCACAAGUGUGAUUAGUCCAAACACUCCAGACGCCCAGUAUGUCAUUAGUUUCAAACAGAGAGCUAAGUUUGCCGUUGGCCUUGGCGAUAAAGUUUCUCCCUCGGAAAUGCAGCUUGUCGUUGGCCUUGGCGAUAAUGUUUUUACCACUGACAUUAAACAAGGCAUGCG